AUUCUUGCUGCAAGGCCUGUGUCUACAACACUACAAUUAAACCGUUUCACUGCCAGAGCCUGCACUCAAGCUUCAAACAGGGCUGUUACAAAUUUAUAGUGGUGGUAUAUUAGGAUGUUUCAGACUGUGAGCGACUGGUUUUGGUGGGACAGAAUUUGGCUGCCAUGUAACUAUACCUGGGAUGAUUUGGAAAACAGCGAAGGGACUGGCUCCGUCUCCCAGUAUCAGCUUUUCAUCACUCUCCCUUUGGCUUUAUUCUUCAUGCCCCUCCGAUAUGUUUUCGAAAGGGUUGUUGCUAUACCUGUGGCCAGAGCCAUGGGUAUAAGGAGCAAAGUACGACUAAAAGCUUCUGUUAAUCCAGUUUUGGAAGAUUUCUACAUCUCGUGCUCUAAGCGCCCAUCUCAAACAGAGGUCUAUGGUUUGGCAAAAAAGAUCAACCGAACUUCUAUUCAGGUGGAACGCUGGUUCCGGAGGCGGCGAAAUCAGGAUCGGCCUGCAGUGAUGAAAAAGUUCCAGGAAUCCUGCUGGAGGUUUAUUUUUUAUCUUGGAGCUCUGGUCGGAGGAGUUGCAGUUCUUUACGAUAAACCUUGGUUUCACGAUGUAUGGGAAGUUUGGGUGGGCUACCCAAAACAGGAAGUACUGACGUCCCAGUACUGGUACUAUAUACUGGAAUUGAGCUUCUACUGGUCCCUUCUAUUCAGCAUUGCCUCGGAUGUUAGAAGGAAGGACUUCAAUGUACAAGUCGUUCACCAUUUAGCCACCAUUUUUCUCUUGAACUUUUCCUGGAGCGUCAAGUAUAUCCGUGUGGGCACACUCACCCUGUUGGUUCACGAUGUCUCAGACAUUUUACUGGAGGCUGCCAAAAUGUGCAGUUAUGCUGAAUGGAAGAAGUCGUGCAAUGCCCUCUUCAUUUUGUUUGCAGUGGUUUUUGUCAUUAGCCGACUCAUUAUCUUCCCCUUCUGGAUUAUCUAUGCUACAGUGGUCUACCCCCUGUACUACUGUCCGCGAUUCUUCCUGUAUUACUUCUUCAACAUGCUUAUGUUCACUCUGCAGUUUCUUCACUUGUACUGGACAUACCUUAUCUUCAGAAUGGUGAAAAAAGUAAUUUCAGGAAAUAUGUCUGGUGAUGAUCGAAGUGACAAAGAGGAAGAAGAAAGUGAAGGAAAUGAGGAACCCCGACUAACAAAUGGGGAUGGCAAACAGCGCAUUCUGAAUGGCCAGCAUGAGCGUUAGCACAUGGAAAUGUUCUAAGCUAUGCUCCUGAUCCCUACCCAGAGAGAGUUAAGCAAGACCCUAAUUAUCUGCAUUGGCUUUCUAGAUGGACCAGGGGAAGGGGACAGAGGACCUCAGCAGGAGAGGCACCAUUGGCCAGAAGGUGCAUAGUCCCUUUUUAAAGGGACCACUUGUGGUUCAAACUAGACCCUGCCCUUUUUUAUUUUUGAAAAUAAACCAAACCAUAGUUUCCUUUAAGCGAGGGGGCUAAUUAAUAUUGUAACCUAUUGUCCUGUCAGGAAUUGUGUUGUUUUUUUUGUUUUUUUUUUGACAAUCUUUAUUUGAAAAAGUUUGUAUGAAAGUAAGAAAAUAGAACAAGAUCAAACAAGUAUGGAAUAAAGGUGUAAAUGGCGAACCUAAAAUUUCAGAAACACAAUUGUUGCCAUUUGUACCCUGAACAGAAUAUGUUGGGAAGCAUUGAUAACAUUUAGAUAUAGAGUUAAGAUUAGAGGGGGGAGAGGGGAAAAAGAGAAGAAAAACAGUGGGGGAACAAUGAAAAGGGCACGGGCAUGAGAAAAGUUUGUUUUAUUAUUUUUGUUUAGUUCUCAUUUUUUAUUUUUAUUUUAUUUUGAAUCCUGGCAGUGCAAGAGGUUAAUUAAAACAAGCGACAUGGCCAGAUCGCUCCAUUCCUACUUUCAUUGCUUCUAAUUUAAGUAAUGGGCUUCUAACUCCUGAUGGUCUGAUGAGCAGGAUAUACAAGGACAGCCCAUACCACCAAUAUAUCUAAUUAACCUGGAUCUCUUCAUCCUCCACAGUACUGGACAUGAUAUCUAUUUAUUGCACUUUAAUGUCAUCAAUUCUAUCCGCUGCCCUGAAACUAUCUGUCCAGCACUCCCUUUAGCAACAAGGGAGUUAUUGAUGCAGUGUACCAAAAGGACAGUGUGCACAAACACCAUCUUGGCUUUAUGUUUACAGACGCAGAAGAACAGAGGUGCAGCUCUGUAAACUACACUGUAUGAGAAUCUUAUUGCAGGAGGAUCUAAUGUUUGGGAGGGAUCACGUUUUUAUGCAACCUGCUUCAAGGGCAAGGCAAUAAGAGCAUAUCCCAGACCAUAGCACAGAAGUAUGAAUGAUGUAACUGGUUUCAUUAAAGAGCAGGAGACAUUUUGAACUUUAGUCCUCAAAAACAUGCAUUAUGAAGAUAAUAGCUGAUGCUCUGAAAGUUUUGUAAAUUCCAAAUAUUUAUCUUGGUAUCAGCCUUAUCCUGGGGGAAAGUUGGACUGAUUAAACUUGGCUUUAUCUUCAGAAUGACAGAGGGUUUGCUUCCAAUUCUUCUUGCACUCAGAGAUUAUUUGUAUAUUAUCGCAAAUGCCAAGAAAAUUAAUCCGUAAGUCACAUCUGUCUGCCUGUGGCACUUGGCUGAUAAAUAGAAACUCCUCCGGUUUCAAUCGGACUAAGUUUCCAUGAUGGCCAGCCAUAAGCUGUGACAUCAAUGCAGCUAUAGUCCAAUUGCACCUGGAGGAUUCUGUAAUGCUAACCCAGGAAAGAGACAUGAAUUCAGUGUAAACUGAUAUAAGCUAAACAGGUCAAUGUCGAAUUUUUGGCUAAUCACACUGGAUUCAGCCUCUGUUUUAUUUUUUAUUUUGAACAUUUUUCUUUUAGCCCUUCCCAAUAAAUACAACAGUCUGGGCUUCGCCAUUCUGGAUACAUUACCUGUAGGUAAAUGCAGGGUGGAAAGUAUUAAACCCAAGACAGUCUGCUCUUAGCAGUACAAGACAGAGCUGUAGUUUUAUGAUAGAAAUAAUCAGAGACAAAAUGUGCAUGUUGCUAUUUUGUUUUGUUUUGUUGGUGUCUGGCCUAACCAGCCAUUACUGUUCACACUAAUCUGCUUGCAUAUUUUGUACUCUUAAUAUCCAAAUGUAAUUAAAAGAAAUAUUUGCAACA